GACUGGGACAGCCCCAGGGGCUCGGGGCGGGCGGGGCUCGCCUCGCCGCCUCAGCCCCGCCUCGCUCCCUCGCGGCUGCCGCGUUCGCACCUUCAGGCAGCGGCGUGAGCGGUGGCUGAGGCGGCAGCCGCUCGCCCUGCCCGCUGACAGCCGCCGUCGGCCGCCGGUGCCCGAAGCAGCUCUUCCCCGCUGAGCCGAGCGGAGCCGGCGGCGCGGCUGCGGCGGCAGGCGGGGGAGCGCUCCUCACCGCUCCGCCUCCGACCGCCGCCCGCUGCGGGGAUGUGUGAUUGCCAUGGCGAGGCGGCUCUUCCCGGGGGCCUGGCUGAGGAAGCCGCACUCCGCGCAGGUCCGUCUGUCGUACGUGCGGAUCAAGUAUCUCUUCAUCUCCUGGUUGGUCGUGUUUGUUGGCAGCUGGAUUAUGUAUGUUCAGUACUCCACCUACACAGAACUCUGCAGAGGCCAUGACUGUAGGAAAAUAAUAUGUGAUAAAUACAAGACUGGUGUUAUUGAUGGAUCAGCAUGUAGUAGUCUUUGUGCUAAAGAAACAUUGUAUUUUGGAAAAUGUUUGUCAACAAAGCCCAAUAACCAGAUCUAUUUAGGAAUCUGGGGAAAUCUGCAAAGUGUUAUAAAAUGCCAGAUGGAAGAAGCUGCUCAACUUGAUUUUGGUACUGACCCAGAACCAAGGAAGGAAAUAGUCCUAUUUGAUAAACCAACAAGAGGAACCACUGUUGAGAAAUUCAAAGAAAUGGUAUAUAGUCUUUUUAAAGCAAAACUGGGUGAACAAGGGAAUCUUUCAGAACUGGUUAAUCUCAUCCUGUCUUUUGCUGAUGGAAACAAAGAUGGAAGGGUCUCUUUGCCAGAGGCAAAAUCUGCAUGGGCACUCCUGCAGCUAGAAGAGUUUCUGUUAAUGGUGAUCUUGCAGGAUAAAGAACAUACUCCCAAGCUGAUGGGUUUUUGUGGGGAUCUCUAUGUGACCGAAAGAGUUGAAUAUACCUCUCUCUAUGGAAUCAGCCUUCCAUGGAUUAUAGAACUUCUCAUUCCCUCUGGCUUCAGAAGAACCAUGGACCAGUGGUUCACGCCAUCAUGGCCAAGAAAGGCAAAAAUAGCUAUAGGGCUUUUAGAAUUUGUGGAAGAUAUUUUCCACGGACCUUAUGGAAACUUUCUUAUGUGUGAUACAAGUGCCAAAAACUUGGGAUAUAACGAAAAAUAUGAUUUGAAAAUGAUGGACAUGAGAAAAAUAGUGCCAGAAAUUAAUUUGAAGGAAAUAAUUAAAGAUCGUCAGUGCGACUCAGAUUUGGACUGCAUUUAUGGUACAGACUGUAGAACAUUAUGUGACCAAAGCAAAAUGAGAUGUACCACUGAAGUAAUUCAGCCAAACUUAGCAAAAGCUUGUCAGCUCCUUAAAGACUAUCUGCUUCGUGGUGCUCCUUCUGAUAUCCAUGAAGAACUAGAGAAACAGCUGUACUUGUGCAUUGCCCUUAAAGUCACAGCAAAUCAGAUGGAAAUGGAGCAUUCUUUAAUACUCAAUAACUUAAAAACUUUACUGUGGAAGAAAAUUUCUCAUACAAAUGAUUCAUAGUUCUCCACCAGCAGAAGAGAAUACUGAUGCCUGCCACUAGAGGUGGCCUAAGACAUUUAAUAAAAAUAAUCUGCACCUUUUUAAAAAGAUAUUUCUUUACUCAGAUUUUAUUAAUGGUUCUUUCAGUCCUGCCCUUCAGUCAGUAACUCGGGACAGGGCUUCUCAAAGAAUGAACAUGCCACUGAAUGACCCGGCAGAGGCCAGAAGUCCUUCUGGUGUUCAAUGCUGUGUUACAGAAACAAGAACUCUGCAUGCUUGACUGUUCUGUGCACUUUGUCAGAUCUUGAACAGGAUGAAAGUGUUCACUGUGCCACAUCAGCUGAGGGUACAUUCUCCAUUUUUGUGAAAAACAUUGCUCACUUGUGAAAUACCUGCAGUGGAUUUUUUCCUAAGUAGUUUUGUGAAGAAUCACCACUACUGCAAGUAAUGUGUCCAAGUCCAAGCUGCUGUUAUGAAUAAACUGAACUGUGAGAUUGAAGUUUACUAAUACCUUAGCAUGGCAGAAUUUGCACAUUAAAUAAUUUUCAACUGUGGGAAAUCAGAAUUUUAUUCUAGAAUGGCUAGAUUGUAGUAUGAGACAAAUCAGAUUCUGUUUACACAUUGUUACCUCAUGUCUUGGUUUAAGUAGUUCAGCAUAUUUAAUUAAGUCAUUGUACGGUGAGCCCUGUGGGAGCCAACCAUUUUAGAGUAUUACUUCUUGAAGUCAUCUAUAUGGUUUAGCAGCAAUACCAGCAUCUGUUUCAAAACUUCAGUGAAAACCUUUAACCCAAAUUAAGCUGUAGCAAACAGUGAAAAGCAAGGACUUUGUGGACUAAGCUAUAGUAUGGAAACUGAAUUUUUAAAAAUACUGAAUAGCAAAUGUGUCCAACCAGUUAAAAAAAAAAAAAAGUUUGCAUAGUGCAGGAAUCUACUGUAUGACAUGAGAAACAACUAAUAGUUGUGGAUAGUCUUGUCUCUUAACUGUCCCUCCACAUUUAGCUACAGACCUGUACUUCAAUCUUCUUAAUUACUGCAGGAAAUAUAUAAACAAGAGCUAGACCUGAAUUUUAGGACAGAAGCUGGAUUGUUCAGGAUCGUGCAAUACUGCUUAAAUGCGAGCCUGUGAGAUAUUUUCCAGCUCAUUCCUAGCUGUUACUAAGUGAGCUGCAGUGUGAUACUAUUGUUUUUUUCUAGUAGCAUCUAUGAGUCACUGUUAAGACUCAAGUCAUGAGUAAAUAAACAUCACCUGAUCCUGGCACUCCACAAAGCAUGACCACUCUACCACCUUUAAUCUUCACCCUUGUAUUUUUCAGAUUUACAUCUGUGUUCAUAAUUAUGCAGAAUUGGAUGUCCAUAAUACACCUGAAUACAUGCUCAAUACUUACCUGCUGAAUGUUUAAUUUAUAAAUGCUUUAGGUAUGAAGUUGUUCAAUCUUUAUGAUUUUAAUGGCAGUCAUCUGUAUACUUCUGAAUCCUGGCCCCUUAAUUCAUGUUCAGCAGAGUUAAGAACAAGUUUUAAGUAUUUGAAAGGUUAACUGCUCUAGGUAUCCUGUCUUAAAUGCAUUCCUAGAAUGAUGACACUGGCGUACAGGACCACAAUAAAGUAAUUUCUCCAUACCAGAUGUAAUAAUAUGCAGCUUGGGUUAAGAUUGUUUUGUGAACAUCAGCCUUUCAGUUUAAGAAAUACUAUGCUCAUGCUAAUUAUUGUCUUGAACUUGCUAAUGUGCUCCAGCUAUGAACUAAAAAGUAUUUGUAUUUGUAACCAGCAAUGCACUAAAAGUGUAAAGUGGUCACGUUCUUGUGAAAAAAUCUGACAGUGACUGCUGUUUGGGCAGAGAUUACUUAAAAUACCCAAGGUCAUUGGGUAUCUUAUCUGGAGAAUAUGUUUAAUAGUGCAGUUUGUUGUACACAAUCUUAAUUUUUAUUACUGUUGCAUAAAGUUGAAGCUUUCAUUGGGAAAAAAUAUACACUUUUGUUUACAAUAAAUCACAGGCCUCUUUUUUUUCAAUAGCAGUAUUUACACCAACUACCAGUAUCUUAGAGCAAAACAUUCCUACAUGUAGCCUACUUUACCGGUGUUUAAACUGUGCAAACAGUUUUUCUAAGUCUGGUGGAAACCUACUGGCACACAGAAGUGCCUGUGAAGCAGAUGAGGGAAAGGACCAGGGCAGGACAAGGCUGGUGAGGAACACUUCUCUUCCAGGUGGCUCAGCCUGCAGGCUGCAGAGAGAAACACAGACUGGGCUCUGGGAGGGAGCCACCCUUUAGGAGAAGAUGAAAGCUGGUGCUUGGUGAGGGGGAUGGAGACGGAGAGGGGAGGCAGGGGAAGAGUGAGAAAGUGCAGACUGGCAACAGGGGAAGAGGAGGGAGUGUGAGGGUAUAAAAGCCAUGGGAUGCUCCUCAGAGGAACCAUCUCCAGUUGUUCCUGCACCAGGAAUAAACUACCUUGUGGAACCAGAUGUUCUGGGCUCUACUAAGGGAACCCUAGGGGUGAACUGGAAGGGAACAUGGUCUGGUGAGUGUGUGGGGAGUCAAGGGGAAAGGCCCUGGUGUGUAACUACCAGGGAGUCUCAUUAAUGUUUCCUUAACAUGGCCUCUGUACCUACCCCCGUAUAUGCAACUUAAAGUGAAUUCUCUUAUCAAGUUAAUAAUGUGAAAUACUCUGUUCAAGACAGUACCUGUUUCAGUAGCAGCCAAAGCUUGGAGGUGAUAAGUGCCUGAAAGCCUGAGGUUAUCUUUGGGCAGAGGCUUUAGAACCUAUUGUGACUGCUCUUGGUUUUUUCCAAAGCUACAUCCAGACUCCCCCCAGACAUGAAGUAUGCUGAAAGAAUUGUGAAAUACAGGUACAGCCUUUAAAAAAAAAAAUUAAAUCUUUCUCUAGUUAGAAGCAGCAAACUCUUAUACUUAGUCCUUGAUACUAACCAUGCUAAAAAUUAAUCAAAUUUACUUCCUCCUUCUUAUAGAAGUAAUUCUGAUGCAGCAGCCUUGGUCUUU